AUGGCCGACGGCGGCCGACCCAUCACCGCGGCCGAUCUCGGCGCGCUCUUCUCCGAUCGAUGCCUGGUGAACGCCGACGAGCCUCGGACCGACGCCCCCGGCGACGACGCCCUCCUCGACACGACGGGAUCGUCGAUCGUCCGAUCCGACGAGAGGAUCGACGGCCCUCCGCGGUACGGCCGUCGCCUCGCGGACGCCUGGCGCCCCGCGAACGACGCCUACUUCGGCGGCGGCGGCGCGUUCCCCGAGAUCCACGUCGUCCAGUUCCCCGCCGCGAUCGGCUGGGACGCCCGAUGCGACGAGGACGCCGCGCGCAAGUCGCGCGGCCGAGGCGUGUGCUCGUCGCAGGGGACGUCGCAGGCGGUGCCCCCGUCGCCGGCGGCGCUCGACGUGGACUUCGACCAGCUCCAGACGAUCGCCGCGAGGAUGAUGCUCCGCCUCGGACCGGACCCGAACGACCCGACGCACGCCCCGCACGCGGCGAACAUGGCGGCCGCCAGGGACGUCGCCCCGCGUCGAUCCACGAACGAGUGGGACUCCUUCGUCGACUUUUGCGCGCGAGUCUCAGCCGAGGCGAAAGCCGCGAGGGGGCCCUACGCGAAGAUUUCCGCCGACGACGUCGUCUCGCAUCUCCUGCACUCGCACCCGCACGCGGCGCGGGUGACGCGGGUGUCGAGCCCGGACCCGGCGACGGUGGCGGCGACGUACCUGGUGUGCGACGGCGGCGUCGGUAAGCCGGUGGUGGUGACGGAUGGGGGAAAAGAUUGGCCGGGGCUGGGGUGGUCCGCUCGCGAACUCGGCCGGCGGUUUGGUAAAUCGUUCGUGCGGUGCAACGAUCGCGCGCCCGCGAGACGGGAGGACGCGAGGGACGAACGCACGGGCGGGGCGCAGAGGUCCAUCGCGAUCGCCAUGCUCGAGUACUCGCGGUACUGCUCGGAGCGACCGGGGGUGGACAACGUCGGUUCCCUUCGCGUCGCGGAUGCGCCGUUUUACGCAAACGGUUUACAGCACGGGGUGUUCAACCCAAAGGACGCGAGCGACGGUCGCGGUUUAGGGUCGGGGUUCAUCGACGGCGAGUCUGACUCGUCGUCGACGCGGGAGGCGUUCCCGCCGCCGGCGUUCACGAGGCAUUGCGACCAGGUCGUCGACAUCGUGGCGAAUACGCACGGGGCGAUACUUCCAAACGCUCCGCCCGGCGCUCGAGACGAGAUGGCGACGUCGCUGAGCGCCGGGCUGUCCAAGGUGUUCGUCGGGCCGUGCGGGACGGUGACCAGGCUUCACCAGGACUGCGCCAACGCGCACGCCUGGCUGGGACAGGCGAGCGGUCGCAAACUCUUCGUGUGUUACCCGCCGUCGGACGCCGAGCAUCUGGACGUGAUGGGCGGGGAAAAGGAGACUCGGCAGUCCAGGAUCGAUCCGAUCGCGCCCGAGGACCGCCAGCCCCGGGGGUACCUGCGUAACGCGACGCCGACGGUGUUCGUGCUCGAGCCCGGCGAGGUGGUCCUCGUGCCCUGCGGGUGGUGGCACUACGCGGCGGCGCUGGACUCCAGCGUCACUGUCAUGCGCAACUUCUUCACCGCGAUGCCCGAGUCGAACCACACGAGCCUGGUGCACACCAUCAUCGCAAAGGCGAGGGAGUCGUCGCUCUGUUGCUGA